UGUUUUUAUGUUUAGUUUCGUUAUUGUGAUGAUUGUUUUUUAAAUUCUUUUCAAAGUUUUUUAAAAAUGAGUAGAAAUUGUGCAGUUAAAGGUUGUAAAAAUGAAAAAGAAAAAUGUAGCCAUCAACUUUUUAGGUUACCUGAUAACGAUGAAGAUAGAAAUAAAUGGUUGAGUAGCAUUGGCGACAAUUUAAACAGAGGCCGGUAUAAUAGAGUAAACAUUUUCGUAUGUGAAUUACACUUUGAAAAAAAUUGUUUUUAUAACAAUAAAAUAAUUUUGUUUAAAGACGGAAAUAAUGUUGAAUUAAAGAGAAAAAUAUUAAGAUUGAAACUGGAUAGUAUUCCAUCAAUUUUUGAGGUUAUAUUACAUUAA